CGCAUUAUUCAUUUUAAAACGAUUUACGUUGUGUUUAGUAACUGGCCGCAUUCCGUAUCGUAUUCGUGUGUGUGCUGUGAAUUACCAUUUAGUGUGUUUUAAAUUACUCUCCUAGUGAUUCGUUUUAUUCUAAAAUAAUUUAACAAUUGACAUCUAGUCCUAUUUUUUAAUAUUUUUGAAACUGAAGAGUUUUAACGAAUUAUAUGAAACAAUUAUAUUUUUUAUGUAUAUAAUUUCGUGCAAAAUGAUUACUUUAUAAACGUUAUGGAAACUGACGUGAGUCAAGACUUUGAAGAUUACUGGAAUGAAUACAAGAUCAUCCAAGAGACCAGACAACUAGACAGCUACUUAGACGAAGAAUGUCCACCAGAGCAAGAAAUCACUGGUUCUCAUUUACAGGAUGGAGCUAUUGAAGCUGAGUGGUUAUCAUCCGUUGGCUUAUCAUUUUUAACCGAGGCAUUUGAAAAUGGCUGUGAGGUACCAGACUCUGAAUUAGAACCAGCCAUCACACAUUUGUCAAGCCGACAGGCUGACGCCGUAAGACUGAGAGUUCGCUCACUGAAUCAUACUGUACGACAGCGGGGAAGGCAAUUAAAAGCAAGACAUAAAAAACCUGAUAUAAGGGAUGUAUUUCGUGAUAUUGAAAGUUUGAGUUCUAGUUCAAGAUCCAGAAGUGCUACCCCGGAUUCCGAAUCUAACAGUCCACCUAUGUCAUGGUCUCAAACAGAAAUAACAACACCAAUACCAAAGUUCAUAGAUCCUAACAUUGACUUGAAAUAUUUUUCCAAAAAAGAUGUUCAUCGAAUGCCCAGUGCCCCAGUUCUCCCAACUCGAGAUAUAUUUCGUCGAAGUAAUCGUUACAACAAUGGAGUUGUUGCUUCUGAAGAUGAUGGUAUAACAAUGGUUGGUUUUCAACGCCUUGGUACUGUUCGGGGUUUUAAAUUUGAACAGAGACCGAUACCUGUAAUUAGAGAUCGAAAUCGUAGUGGAAGUGAUCCUCUACAUCUUUAUUCUAGCUCUCCUGAUGAACAGAGUAAUUCAACCAAUAUGAAUUUAGCUAUACCCCAAUCAUCUGUAACUCGCAGCCACGGUAGUUUAUAUGACUCGAGCGAUACCAACCGUGACAAUUCAAAAAAUGUAGGAUUUGAACAAAUGUGGCAAAAUAGCAACUAUCAUCUGGAGAAAUCUUAUAUAUCUAUUGAUGAAAACACUGGAAGAACAUGGCCCGAUUCACUAAGCGACGAUGAUUUAGCUAAAUUACGACCAUUAUUGUUUCUCGAAUUGUCAACUAUGUUUGACAUCGCAGGUAUACCAUUUCAUAAAGGAAAACCUCAUAAGCGCAAAAGGAGAGAAGAAGGAACAAUUUUUGGUGUUUCUUUAUCAAAUCUUGUUGACCGUGAUUUAACGAUCACCAACCGUCGGAUUCAAGUACCUUUAAUUCUACAAAAAGUUUUUGGACAAUUAGAAAAACGUGGAUUGGGUGAGCAAGGUCUAUUAAGAAUGGCUGCUCCAAAAGCUAAGGUCGAAAAAUUAUGUUCAGCUAUAGAAAAAUACUUUUAUACCAAGCCAGAAGAAGUAGAUCAACUAUUUGAAAAGUGUUCUGUGCAUGAUUUGGUAGCAUUAUUGAAGCGUUUAUUAAGAGAUUUACCUGAAUUAUUACUAACCCACGAAUUGGUUAAUUUAUUUUACCAGAGUAACUCCAUACCUGAUACAGUGAGAGCAUUAAACUUAUUAGUUCUAUUGUUACCAACUGAGAAUAGGUCCUCACUACGGGCCCUUUUGCAAUUUAUGUCUAAGUUAGUUGAUUACCAACAAAGGCACAAUUUAGAGAAUAAAAUGACAGAACACAAUGUUGCAAUGAUUAUUGCUCCAUCAUUAUUUCCUCCUAGAUCUGUACAUUUAGAAAAAAAAGACUUGCAUUCACAUUUAGAUCAGGCUGCUAGAAGUUGCCGUCUAACCGAAACUUUGAUGAACCAUAUUGAAGAGUUAUGCAUAGUUCCUAUAGAUCUCAUGAACCAAUUAAGGCACAAUAAUGAAAUCUACCAACACCGCCUUAAAGAAAAUAAUAACCCUGUUAGGAGAUUGUUAGGUAAAAAAAAAACUGAUAUUGUCAACAAAAAGAUAAACAAUGAUUAUCAAGAAGGUGUUAUUAGAGUUGAUGCGCCUCAGUUUAGAAUUUCUGCAAUACCAUUAUUUUUAACAAACUCUACUACAGUUGGUGAUGUAAUACUCAAAAUUGUUGAAGAAGCUGCAAAACAGACUGUAACCAAAAAUGGUAAUUCAAUUAAACUAGGCCGAAAAGAUUUAAAAUCAAGAGCUUUGACUGAGUUGGCUCCUAAUGGAAAUCUGUCAUGUCUCUUAACAACUGCUGAUCCGGAUAUGGCUAUAAAAACACAUUUCUUAUAUGAGACUGGAGGAAAUAUAGGACACCGAAGAAUAGAACCUACAGCAAAUAUGAUGGCUGUAUAUCAAAUGAAUCCUAAUGCGCAAUGGUUUAUAAAAUGUGAUCACAGAAAUGGUAUUGCUCAUGUAUAACUCUUGUUGUGUUAGAACAGAUAUUUAUUUUUACAAUUUUUAUAAUGAUA